AUGGACUAUCAAUACACACAGCAACCUCAUUUGGCAGUAUGCUUACCAGAGAUUGUCAGUCAUAUCCUAUCAUUUCUUGUGCCCGCACACUGUCAAGAGGAGCCCAAGAAAAAGAGUUGCGUCGAUCUCUAUCCCUGUUUACUGGUAAAUCGUUUGUGGCAUGACAGUGCUUCUCGAAUUGUUUGGAGAAAGGCUUACUUUGAGGACACCAAGGAGGAUCUGGCUACAUUUCUCAAGUUUGCUUCUGUAAUCUAUGAUGUACCCAUUCCAAUGCUAUCUCCGUCUACCUCCUCCUCAUCCACAAGUGCUGCACAACUAGCCAUUGGUCAGUAUUCAGAUAUGCUUGCCUUGGUGAACUACCCAAGUAGAUCCUCCUCUCUAUCCAGUGUGUCCACCAUUGAUACACCCACUGAAUAUGCUGCCGACGAGAACAUAUCAAAAAUAACAACUGACGAUUUGCUUGCUGAAAUGGAUGUCCGAGCUCAAAAACACAUGGACACAACGGCCCGACUCUCAACCUACCGUAAUGCAUUGCGAGUGCUAUCCAUUCGAAAGAUGAAGGAAAAAACCAUCAAUGAACCACUGUCGCGCAUUGGACAAAACGCAACCAAAUUGGAGCACCUGGACAUAUACAUCUGCGACCACUUUUCCAACGAAGCAUUGAAUCCCUUCCUGGUGCAUUCAAACCUCACCUUUCUAUCGCUGGCAGGCUGUCAUCAUAUCUCCGAUAGUGCUAUCCUCAAAGUAGCAGAGUAUUGUGUUGGUUUGGAGCAUUUGGAUUUGCGUGCAUGUGGGCUAGUUUCAGAUGUCUCCUUGUCCGCUGUUGCCAUGCAGUGCCCUCGCUUGAGACAUCUCAAUGUGGGUCGUAUCCGGGAUCGUGACAAAGUCUCUAUUAAAUCCAUUGCUCUCAUUGCUCAGUAUACACAAGCGGCUGUAUUGGGCCUGGCUGGUUGCGACAUUGAUGAUGCUUGUAUGCAGGUGCUGGCAAAGUAUAGAACAACAGGCUUAGAACGAGUGUCGGUCAACAGCUGCUUCAAGAUAUCGAAUGAAACCGUGUACGCCUAUAUCAAGUAUUGUCCAAAUCUAUCGGUUUUUGAGAUGAAGGAAUGCCAUAAUGUGAAUGAUUGGGAAGCAGUGGCUGAAUUGGUGCAGAGAAAGGUGCUGUUGACUCUGUGCGAUCAACAGAACAAAGCCUGUGCUGAUUGGGCGAGGUUACGUGGAAGAACCUUGGAUGUGAAAGCACCUCUCAAGUAA